UCCUCGUCCACAUCUGCAAUAUCUCUCCGCUUUGGCCCACAUGGCACGGCACAUGCAGCCACUCAUCAUGGUUUUCUUCAGCCAUUGCCAAUGCAAGCGCACGUCUCUUUUUUUGAGGGGGGCCGGAUAACGUAAAAGGCUUGCAUCGGAUGGCGGAAUGGUGGUCGCGGCUAUGAUACUUCCGUUUACGGGGUGGGUUUCACGCCCUUGUCUUGACAAAAAAGGCGGGGGUAGGUGGGCUUUGUAAUAUACCGUUUGUCCUAGUAUAUAUGUCUCUUCUUCUUCAUACUUUGUCGAGUUGGAUUGGAGCUGCCGUCGCUGCUGGUAAUGGUAAUGAAGAAGCUAGAAGCGAGUGAGAGAGAUGCCGGAACUUCAGACGAUGGAAGAGUCCAGGGCAAACAGCAGACUGUUGAGUCACAGCCCGGAGUAGAACACCAUGACUCCUCCGUUGAAAAGCUGCCAAUUCGCGAUGCGUCACCGCGCUCAGAUUCAUCGCCGAGCCUCAACGAACAGAUAGCAGAUGUCCCCUACCACGAGAAAUAUGACGGCAGCAACCCCAGCACGUCAACUACCACCCACACCGGUCUCAAUGGCGAAACACCCAUCACCUACCACUAUCUCACCUUCGGAACUCCUCUUCCAUUCGCCUCCAGCUCCCCAUCAUCCGUUUCUUCCCCCCCGCCCCCAUGUCCGAACCUAAGUCCCUUCACCGACCCCCUCCUCUGGUCCCCUCUCCGCAAACGCUUUGCCGUCUAUCUCGGCUCCGUCGCCACCUUCGUCGCCGCCUACAAUGCUGGCUCCUACGCUCCCCCCGCCGCCGGCAUGAUUCGCGAGUUUGCCUCCUCCGAGAUCGCCGUCCUCACAGGCAUUACCUCCUUCUGCGUCGGCUUCGCCAUCACCCCCAUGGUCCUGGCACCCCUCUCCGAGAUCCAGGGCCGCUACCCCGUUUUCGUCGGCGCCGGAAUCGUGUUCGAAGCUUUUCAGAUUGCGUGCGCGCUGACGCCUAGUCUUGCGGGGAUGAUUGUGAUGCGUUUUCUUUCCGGUUGCGGCUCAUCUGUCUUCUCAUCCAUGAUCGGUGGCGUUAUCAGCGACCUGUACAGCUCCAAUGAGCGGAACACCCCUAUGGCGUUGUUUGCCGGUGCUGCGAUAUUCGGGACUGGAAUGGGGCCGCUUAUUGCGAGUGCGAUUGCACAGCACCUGCCCUGGCGGUGGGUGUUCUGGGUGCAAGCUAUCAUGUGUGGUGUUGUGAUUUUAGCCGUCAUUUUGUUUCUGAAGGAGUCGCGGGGGAGCGUGUUGUUGAGCAAAAAGGCUGCGGCGCUGAAUAAGUGGUAUGAGGCGAGAGAGGCGGCCGGUUAUGUGGGGUUUGAUAUGCCUGAUGAGAGUGGUUGUGGUGAGGUUCCCCAGCGGAUCAGGUGGCGCGUCAAGGCGGAUGAAGAGCGCGAAUCGCUCAUGAAGAUGAUCAAGAUUUCCGUCUGGCGACCUAUUCAUCUCCUCGCCACCGAACCAGUCGUCUUCUUCUUCUCGCUAUGGGUGUCAUUUGCCUGGGCUGUCCUCUACCUAACCUUCGCCUCCCUCCCCCUCAUCUUCCGCACAACCUACUCCUUCAAUCUCCAAGAAUGCGGCGCCGUCUUCGCUGCCAUGUCCAUCGGCGGCAUACUCGCCUCCUACCUCGCCAUCGUCCAAGACUCGCAUGCCCUCGCACUAGCCCGCUUCUUCUCGCGCCUCCGCCCCGGCCACCCGCCACCCACGGAAGAUGAUCCCGAAAUUCGCCUCGCCAUCGCGUGUCUGCAUUCCCCGCUCCUACCGAUAGGGUUGUUCUGGCUAGGAUGGACGGCGAACCCUGGAAUCCAUUGGUUCGUGCCGUGCAUCGGCGUUACGAUCGCGACCAUGGGCAUUUAUGCCGUGUACCUCGCUACAUUCAACUAUCUGGCCGACGUGUAUCAUAAGUAUGCUAGUAGUGCCCUGGCGGCGCAGAGCUUCUGUCGGAAUAUGUUGGGUGCAGUGUUUCCGCUUGUGACGGCGGCGUUGUUCGGGGGGUUGGGGAUUGGCGCCGCGUGUAGUAUGUUGGGUGGGAUUGCUAUUCUCUUGGCUCUUGUUCCAUGGGUUCUAAUCCUCUAUGGCCCGGCUAUUCGGAGACGAUCUAAGUUCGCCAGUGAAAUAAUGUGACGAGGUUACACGGCGGGAUUACACAACUUACAAAAGAUAUAUGGUAUCAGACAUAUAGGAUAGAAUAUCAUUGACCUACAUACUCCAAUGAACAUUUCUCUAACAUAAGCCAAUAGAUCUAAUGAAGGUUUUAAAAUGUUCUGUGUACCAUUUCCCAUCAACGAAAAUCCCC